GUUGCAUCGGUGAAAUUGGUCCGACGGGGGAAUAAUUAACUACGAAAUAACUGACAAGUUCUGUUAACAAAAUUAUACGUUAAAAAGCUGCAUGUUUAAUCGUAGUCUUAGCUCAGUGUUACCAGUAACAAACCUGGGAAGAAUGAAAGCUAAAGCUCUGCUUCGGAUAUUUGGCGUGUUUUUCUUGUCAGUCGCGGCUGCCGGGGAGAUGCUGAACAUCCCGGGGGGAAGCAUGCUGAUGGGAACUACAGCGACUGACGGGAGGGAUGGAGAGUCCCCCACCAGGGAGGUUGAGGUGCAGUCUUUUAAAAUAGACAAAUACCCUGUCACGAAUGCUGAUUUCAGAGACUUUGUGAGAGCACAGAAAUAUAAAACUGAAGCUGAGACAUUUGGCUGGAGUUUUGUGUUUCAGGACUUUGUGUCUGACGAGUUGAAGAGCAAAGUCACUCAGAGAAUUGAGUCUGCUCCUUGGUGGUUGCCCAUAGAGAGAGUCUUUUGGAGGCAGCCUGCAGGACCGGGUUCAGGAAUUCGGGAACGUCUGGACUUUCCAGUGGUGCAGGUCAGCUGGAAUGAUGCUCAGGCUUUCUGCAGCUGGAAAGACAACAGACUGCCCACAGAGGAGGAGUGGGAGUGGGCUGCACGUGGAGGGCUGCAAGGUCGAACUUAUCCAUGGGGAAACAAGUUCCAGGCCAACAGAACCAACCUGUGGCAGGGAAAGUUUCCUGAUCGAGACACUGCAGAGGAUGGAUAUCAUGGCACCUCUCCUGUCACAGCAUUUCCUCCUCAGAACAGUUACGGACUAUAUGACAUGAUGGGAAACACAUGGGAGUGGACAUCCACACCCUUUCCAGCUGCACGGCCAAUGUAUGUGCUGCGGGGUGCCUCCUGGAUCGACACGGUGGAUGGUUCAGCCAAUCACAAGGCUCGAAUCACAACCAGGAUGGGCAAUACCCCUGACUCUGCCUCUGAUAACCUGGGAUUCAGGUGUGCUGGCAAUGUUGGACAGAAACAAGCCAAGAAGCAAGACAAAGCAGAACUGUAGCAACAAAGUGUUGAUUUGAAGCAGCAGUGUCUCCUUUGUUAUUAAUUAAUCUCAUGGUCUUCAAGUUGAGUACCAGUUAAUGAAAGGGCCCAGUUAAAAAAAAAAAAAGAAAAAGAUUGAUGAACAAUAUAACAAAUUAUUUUUCUCUUGUG